CUAUAAUCAGCUGAUGUAAACGAUAAAAGUAAAAAAGAUAACAAGUAACAAGAUAAGUAAAUGAAGAGACUUCUGAUAUGAAUUCAGAUUAUGACGAAAAUUUACGAGAAAAUAUAUUUUUCAUGGAAAUCUUGGAACAUCAUUCGGACAUUAUUAAGAAGGCCGCGAAAGAGCACUGGAUAAUAUGCAUUCCUAGAAGUGGAACUCUCGAAUCAACUGAAAUUGACAUAGAUGUAAUAUUGGAUCAAGUACUAGUACCAGAAGAAGAUGGAAUACUUAAAAUAUCUCAAUCUUGUUCAACCUUAUCCAAAAAAAAAUUACAAGUCCAGAAGAACAAAAUAAUAAUAGAAGACUUUCAAUUCUCCUUGGAUAUAAUAAAUAUUUUAUUCAAGGAAACAUUCUAUGAUGGAAAAAAUAGCAGCUAUGUUGUUUGGUGCGUGGAUAAACCACUAUUCCUGGACCAUCCUUGUUGUACAUCAGGCACUCAAGUAUUAGAAAGCCUGCCUGAUUGUAUAGACUUUCUAUGGGUUGAAAGUUCUGGGCAAGAAGUUUUACAGCAAAUUCAGAAUUUGUGUAUAAAAUUCAUUGAAACCACUCCUAAUUAUGAAUUAGAAUAUGUUCAAACUCAAAAGGAUCUGAUAGGAAGUUUAUACUCAAGAUGUCUCCAAAAAACUUUGAGGAACCCAACAUUAAGAGAUACGGCAAUGAAAAAUGAUCAGUUUUUAGAGAAACUCAAGCUAGCCGUUGAGACAUACAUGCAAUACUGUUUAGGAAAAAAAAUUAUUUUUGGCAUAAGUACUUUUAUGGUUGAUGCAGAUACACUUAUCACUAAAAUCAUAAAAAACACUGAAGGUGUCAAGGAUAAAUACUUGGGUAUAUCUUUGAAUAAUGAUGAAGGUCUAUCUUAUGCUAACUGUGAGUUGAGAAUGCUGAAGAAUCUUCUGAGUUUAAUUCAACUGAAGCUAAUCUUGGUAUCAAACCAAAAACUGAACAUGAUCAGAGAAAACUCCAUCUACUGAUAAAUGCCAUAAGAAAUAACGACAUCCCUUUAGCUUGUUUCUAUUUGGGAUUCAAUAAUUCUUAUAAAGAUACUGCCUCGUCAAAGUGUCAUCCACUUUGCAAUUGUGAAAAAUGUGGAAAAAAUACAAUUGAAGACCUUGAAG